GUAAAAACAAAAUCAGUCAUCUCUUUUCCUUUUUGUCUCUAUCUAUCCUCCCUUCCGCUACAUUGUAAGAACACCAAAUCUGUCUCUUUCAAUUACAGGAUCUUUGUUUUGAUGAUUUUUGUGUGUUUGAAAGAAGAGCAAUGAGCAAUUAUUCAGCCGGACUUGGCAAGCCUGGCUCAGGUAAAAGGAGAUUAAAGGAUCUUUUAAAUCAACCUGAUAACCGAGUCUGCGCUGAUUGUGGCGCUUCUGAUCCUAAAUGGGCAUCAACAAAUAUCGGAGUGUUCAUUUGCUUAAAAUGUUGCGGCGUGCACAGAAGCCUCGGCACUCAUAUCUCUAAGGUUUUGUCUGUGACACUUGAUGAAUGGUCAGAAGAGGAAGUUGAUUCCAUGAUUGAAAUUGGAGGAAAUGCUUCUGCUAAUUCAAUUUACGAAGCUUUUGUACCUGAUACAUGCUCUAAGCCUGGACCUGAUGUUAGUCAUGACCAGCGUAUGAGAUUCAUUAGGGCAAAAUAUGAACUGCAAGAGUUUCUGAAGCCAAGCUUGCGGAUUAAAUCCGGGAAACGCUCAACAAAGAGUUCAGCUUUUCUUACAUCAAGUCUUUCUAGAAAGAUCAUGGAUAGUUUUAAAUCAAAUUCAUCAUCACAGAAGAUGUUUCAGGAAGGAAUGGUAGAGUUUAUUGGAUUGUUGAAAGUGACUGUUAAGAAAGGUACUAACUUAGCAAUCAGAGACUUGAUGUCAAGUGAUCCAUACGUUGUCUUGAAUCUAGGGAAGCAAAAACUUCAAACAACUGUUGUGAAUAGUAAUUUGAACCCGGUAUGGAAUCAAGAACUCAUGCUGUCUGUCCCGGAGAGCUAUGGCCCAGUGAAACUGCAAGUGUAUGAUUAUGAUACAUUUUCUGCUGAUGACAUAAUGGGAGAAGCUGAUAUUGAUAUCCAACCUUUGAUAACAUCUGCAAUGGCAUUUGGGGAUCCUGAAAUGUUUGGCGAUAUGCAGAUUGGGAAAUGGCUAAAAUCGCAUGACAAUCCACUAAUAGAUGACAGUAUCAUUAACAUUGUUGAUGGGAAAGUGAAACAGGAGGUCCAGAUCAAGCUUCAGAAUGUAGAGUGUGGAGAAUUAGAGCUAGAAAUGGAAUGGCUACCACUUGAUCAAUAAUUGAUAAAAUAGGUCUCAUAACCUUUGUGUUUUGUAUUGAUUGAUUCUUUGUUUUUAUUGUCACUCCGUUUGUUGGAAAUUUUUCUGAACUCUUCUGCCGUAUUAUAUGAACUCAUUUCAGAAGAAAAUGUAUUCUGAAGUUCGUAGGACCCUAUCGAUUAUUAAAAUGUUUUUGAUUGAUGGAAACGAAGACUCGUUUUAUUCA